CAGGCAUUGGGCCCCCAGGCGGAGCGGCAGGCAUCGGGCCCCCAGGCGGAGCGGCGGGCGCCGGGCCCCAGGCGGAGUGGCGGGCGCGGGCCCCCAGGCGGGACGGCGGGCACCGGGCCCCCAGGAGGGGCGGCAGGCACCGGGCCCCCGGGUGGAGCGGCAGGCAUCGGGCCCCCAGGCGGAGCGGCGGGCGCCGUGUCGUCAGGCACGACAGCGGGCAUCGGGUCACCAGGCAUCAGGUCAUUUGGCUCGCCAGCGGGCACCGCGUCAUCUGGCAAGGCAGUGGGCACCGAGUCACCAGGCACGACAGUGGGUUCCAAGUCAACUGGCAUGACUGCGGGCACUGGGUCAGACAUUGGAUCGUCUGGCUCGACAGCGGGCAUCAGGUCACCAGGCAUCAGGUCAUUUGGCUCGACAGCGGGCACCGCGUCAUCUGGCAAGGCAGUGGGCACCGAGUCACCAGGCACGACAGUGGGCUCUGAGUCAAUUGGCUCGACAGCGGGCACCGGGUCAUCAGGUACCGGAUCGUCUGGCUCGACAGCAGGCACCGGGUCAUCUGGCGCUGGAUCAUCUGGCUCGACAGCGGGCAUCGGGUCACCAGGCAUGACAGUGGGCACUGGGUCAUCAGGCAUGACAGCGGGCACUGGGUCAUCAGGCAUUGGAUUGUCAGGCUGGAUCAGUUCAUCAGGCUGGGUAGGGACAUCAGGC